UUAAAUCUUUUUUAGGGUUGGACCUAUAUUUUCAACUUGUGCAGAAGUUUGACCGUAGCGGUGUUGCCUUUUCUUUAUUAGCUAUGGAAAGCUAAACUGUUCUGAAGUUGACAGAAAAUGCUAAUAAGGAGCUGCAGCAGAGAAGAGGGCAUUGAGGGUAUUCAUUCAAUAUCUAAUAGGAGGCAAGCCUGGUGUACUGCACUGAGGUUCUAAGUCCCUCGCAGCCAUGCAGUGCACCGGGCUUGCUGUGAUGCUUCUGCUACUACUAGCUGUGCUAAGUCAGCUAGGUGCUGCAGCCGUGCAUCACAAAGAUACCUAUGUGAUGAAAGGAAAAAUCUGCAUAGGCACAUCGGGAAGAAUGUCUGUGCCUGCUAAUCGGGACCACCAUUAUCAAAAUCUUAGAGACAGGUAUACGAACUGUACUCAUGUAGAUGGAAAUCUGGAGAUUACGUGGCUUCAGGAUGAUAGUCAGGAUUUAAGUUUCUUGAAGGAAAUAAGAGAAGUAACUGGUUAUGUACUCAUUUCUCAUGUCAACAUUCGUCGUAUUGUGCUUCCUAAACUCAUGAUUAUUCGUGGUCGUAAUUUAUUUGAUUUGCAACCUGGAGAUUUCGCUCUUUUGGUAGCUCACACCAAUUUGGAUAUGUUGGAACUGCCAGCCCUACGUGAUAUUUUGGCGGGCGAAGUUGGAUUCUUCGAUAAUGAUGAAUUGUGUUAUAUUGACACAAUCAACUGGGAAGAAAUUCUAACUCGUAAUCAUAUGAAGCUUCCAUUUAUUUACAAUUCUACAAGGGAAGGGUCCACAAAAAGAUGUCCAUCAUGCCACAAAAGCUGUGAAGCUGGCUGUUGGGGGCCAGGACCUCAUAGUUGUCAAAAAUUUUCAAAAAUCAAUUGCUCACCACAGUGCCACCAAGGCAGGUGCUUUGGGCCAAAUCCUAGAGAAUGCUGUCAUCUUUUUUGUGCUGGAGGUUGCUCUGGGCCAACACAGAGUGAUUGCUUGGCUUGCAAAAACUUUGAUGACAAUGGAGUUUGUAAGCAAGAAUGUCCUCCAAUGAGGAGGUAUAAUCCUGUAACAUAUUCUUGGGAAAGCAAUCCAGAAGGCAAAUAUGCCUAUGGAGCAACUUGUGUCAAAAAUUGUCCUGAACAUUUACUGCGGGACAGUGGAGCAUGUGUCAGGUCUUGCCCAGAAACUAAAAGAGCUGUUGAUGGAGAAUGUGUGCCUUGUGAUGGACCCUGCCCAAAAAGUUGUACGGGUGUAACUGCGCUUCAUUCUGGAAAUAUUGACAGGUUUAGAGGAUGUACUGUAAUUGAGGGUUCUUUGACUAUUUUAGAUUCUACAUUUGAUGGAUUUCAAGAGGUGUUUCCAAACUUUACUUUUGGUGAUCGAUUUCCAAAGAUGCAUCCUGACGAAUUGGAGGUUUUUUCCACUCUGAAAGAAGUGACAGGUUAUCUGAAUAUCCAGGCUUCACAUCCAGACUUUAAGAAUUUAUCCUAUUUCAGAAAUCUGGAAAUCAUUGACGGCCGUCAGCUUACUGAAUUAAAUGCUGCUUUGUUCAUCGUGAAGACUUCUCUUCAGAGUUUGAAUCUUCGUUCGCUACGUAAAGUGCGGUCUGGCGGUGUGGCAAUUCUAGAGAAUCCAGAUCUGUGUUUUGCCAAUAAAAUUGACUGGAAACAGAUUGUCAGAUCAACUAAUGUUGAUCCACUUUUGCAAAGAAAUGCUGAACCAGAAGUUUGCCAAAAGGAAGGUUUAGUGUGCCAUGAACAGUGCUCAAAUGAUGGCUGCUGGGGAUCGAGUGCUUCUGAGUGUCUUUCAUGCAAAUCUUACAAACUAAAAGAGACAUGUAUACCAAGUUGCAACUCUACACGAGGAAUUUACCACGCUGGUGAUCAUAUAUGUGAAUACUGUGAUGAGGAAUGUCUAGGAGAAUGCCUAGGACCUGGGCCAAGUAACUGUACUCAAUGCCGAAAUGCACGAGAUGGCCCAUAUUGUGUUAGUCAAUGUCCAUUGAGCAAGUACAAUGAAAACAGAGAAUGUAUGCCAUGCCAUGAAAAUUGUGUCAAUGGAUGUACUGGUCCAAGGAAUACUGUAGGACCUGGUGGUUGUAAUUCCUGUGAUAAAGCAAUAGUUAGUGCAUAUGAUCCCAACAUUGUGGAACAGUGUUUGAAACCUGAUGAACCAUGUCCAGAUGGUUUUUAUCAAGAGUAUAGUGGACCUCAUGAAGAAGGAAUCAUGAAGUCAUUAACUGGAAAAUCUGUUUGUCGAAAAUGCCAUCACAGAUGCAAGAACUGCACUGCAUAUGGAAUACAUAUUUCAGUUUGUGAUUGCUUAAAAUAUAGUGCUGGUGAGCAGUGUGAAGAUACUUGCCCAAGAGACCAUUAUGCUGACAAUACAAACUUCCAUUGUUUAAAAUGUGCUGAAGAAUGUCGGGGCUGUGAUGGACCCUCAAGUACAGAUUGCCAUGCUUGUCGGAAUUAUCGUGUGUAUCUCUCCUCAAACAGAACAGUGUUCAAUUGUACAGCAUCUUGUCCUGCUGAAAAACCCUUUAAAAGGUUUGAUGACAACACAGAUGAUCCAUAUUGCUCUGAGACUGAUCCUAUAGCCAUUACGUAUCAUGGAAUAGAAGAGGAACAUAUUCCAGCAAUACUGGGAGGGGUUGUAGGCUGUCUUCUCUUGUUAGCAGCAUUUUUGGCUGUGUUUGGAUAUCAGUGGAUGCAGAGAGUUAAAACCAAAGAAAAUACUAUGAUGAUGACAAUGAGAAUGACUGGCUUUGAGGAUAAUGAACCCUUAAAGCCCACUAAUGUCAAGCCAAAUUUAGCAAAACUUCGGAUAGUAAAGGAAGCAGAUUUAAGAAAAGGUGGAAUUCUUGGUUAUGGAGCUUUUGGAACUGUAUAUAAGGGUGUGUGGGUUCCAGAGAAUGAAAAUGUUAAAAUACCCGUGGCAAUAAAGGUGCUUCGCGAUGGAGCUUGUCCUAAUAACAAUAGAGAAAUUCUGGAGGAAGCAUAUUUUAUGGCAAGUGUUGAUCAUCCUAACCUGCUGAAACUUCUUGCAAUCUGCAUGGCUUCACAACUUAUGCUCGUGACUCAGCUCAUGCCUUUAGGUUGUUUAUUGGAUUAUGUUCGUUCCAAUAAGGAUAAAAUUGGCUCAAAACCCCUUUUAAGUUGGUGUUCCCAAAUUGCAAGAGGUAUGGCAUAUUUGGAAGAAAAGCGUAUGGUUCACAGAGACUUGGCUUUGAGAAAUGUUUUAUUGCAAACUCCAGGCUGUAUUAAAAUUACUGAUUUUGGCCUGGCCAGGUUCCUAGAUAUUAAUGAAGAAGAGUAUAAAGCUGAAGGAGGAAAGAUGCCAAUAAAGUGGUUAGCUUUGGAGUGCAUACAGCACAGAGUUUUCACACACAAGAGUGAUGUAUGGGCAUUUGGUGUAACUGUAUGGGAAUUGUUAACAUAUGGUGGCAGACCUUAUGAAAAUACUCCAGCUCGAGAAGUUCCUGAUUUACUAGAGAAAGGCGAGAGAUUACCACAGCCUUCAAUAUGUACUAUAGAUGUGUAUAUGCUCAUGAUUAAAUGCUGGAUGCUUGAUGCAGAAUCACGACCAACAUUCAAAGAAUUGGCAGACCAAUUCUCUAAAAUGGCCAGAGACCCAGGUCGAUUUCUAGUCGUCAAAGGUGAUAAACUGCUUCAGUUGCCAGCAUAUUCUGCUCAUGACAUUAGAGAACUUGUCAGAACAAUUGGCACAUCUAUAGAUGUACCUGGAGUGGUUAUGGAUGCUGAACAGUACUUGCAUCCUCAGUUAGAUGAUGAUCCAAAUAGAGCUGAAACAGAUUCUGUAGAUAAGUCCCAACUUCCUCAAGAGAGUAGAAGCACUCCAACUUUAACACCAAAUAACUUCCAGUCAAUGCCAGAGAUGCCUAUCAUGCCACUGCCUAACAAAUCUAGCAUAUGGUAUAAUGGUCAAGGAUUGCCUGACCAGCCACCUGUGCCAAGAUAUUGCCCUGAUCCACUUAAUGUGGUUGGAAAAGUAGGUGACAUGCACAAGCUAGAUCCUAAUGACAAGUACUUAAGCCAACCACCAGUGUUGCCUGUGGAUGAAGAAGAUUAUUUAAUGCCAGCGUCAUGUUCUCAAGGUCCAUCUGUUCGAUACAUGGAUCUUAUUGGAGACACACAUUUACCUGAAACUGUGGAUGUGAGGCCAAUUAGUUAUUACCACUAUAUUCCUGACUUCAUUCCCGUUCAAAGACGUGCCAUGGACAAUUUAGAAUAUCACAUGAUGAAUGACAACAGUGCCAACAACAACCAACCAUUACCGCCACCUUUCCAUCGCUUAUCCAGUAGUGAGGAACAAAGCAAGUACGUUGGUGCUAAGAGAGACCUUGCACCGUUGACUCAUCACCGAAGUGAAACAACAGUGUGACAUCUUGUUCAUACUCUUUGAAUUAAUUUUAUUUAUUGAUUGGUCUGAAAGCA